AUGCAGUCACGUACCACUUUGCGAGAUUUAUUGGUAGCGCCAAACAACUCUGUUCCACGAGCGGCUACGCCAAGUUCUUUUGGACAGAACCCGAGCAUUUUUUCUUCGACACAAGCUAUGCCACAAUUUUGUUCUCUUGUGGAAGCAACGCCGUCCUCUUCAUUUCAACUCUCAACUCCCAUUGGCCUGACUCCGAUGCCUUCACCUACCUUGUUGCCUUCUUUCACUGCACAGUCACUUCCUCCACAGCUGCCAGAUCACCUUCUUCCAGCUCAUCCUCUUCCAGCUCCUGCUUAUCCUCCAUUCUCAACAAGCCAACUUCAAAACGGUACUAUAGAUUGCCAACUCGGGAUCACACCACAGAUUCUUGAACUUUUGAAUCUCAUACAGAUGGUUCAGGGUCAAAAUCUCGAAGCUCGGAUUGCUCCGAUGGAACCGGAGGCUCCUUCUUCCAGUCAGACUCCGGUUAAUGUUAAACAAUCGUCGACUCAAACUGAAGCACAUGCAGGACCAUCUCUCGUUGAACGAGCAGUUUCACCUACUGCUCCUUUUGGAAUCGUAAGCAUGGAAGAAGAGAUGCAAAACCUGAAAAGUGAGAAGAGCCAACUCCAAGAAGACUUAGAAAAUGAAUUGAGGAAAUUCAAGCUAAAGCAACGUCAAAUGAGUGUAGGCCAUCAGAAGAAGAUGAGCGAAACGAUGAAACGGCUCAAAGAAGACUUCGAAAUGUUGAGCUCAGCCGAUAAGAAGACAGUUGAAGAUUUGAAGCUCGCUGGGAGUAAGAAAGAUGCAAAAAUAGGUGCUUUGGAGCAGGAGAACGAACAGUUUGAAGCUGAAAAAGAAAGUCUGAUGAACGAAAAUGAAAAUAUGAAGAUACAGAUGAUUGGAGAGCAGUGUGUUCGCGAAUUGGAGAUCCUGUUUCUUCAAAUCGAGAUUGAAGUCCUUACCAACGGCGAAACCAAGAAGAUCGUUCAGCUGAUCGAUGAGAAUGUUUUGCUACAACAAGAGAAAGAGACUUUAGAAUCGGUGAAUGAAAAGAACAAUCAGGAGCUUUUGAGAAUGCAGUGUGAGCUUGCUGCGAGGACGGAGAAAAUUCAUGCUCAAGAAGAGGAGCUCCAGGAGCUGAGACGAUUCAAGAUGCAAGUACAGGUUGAAAACCUGAGAUUGAAGAAAUCGGUUUCUCCAGAACCUCAAGAACAGACCGAAGGUUCCAAUGGCGAUUCCCCAGCAUUUUACGAGGAAGCUGUCUACACCGAAAUGCCAGAGGCAAUCGCCGAGAUGCCAAAGGAAGAGAAGUUCUCCGAGGUCUUGGAGCAGCAGAAGGACGACAAUGAGCUCUGGCUCGAAAACAAGAAGGAGAUCGAGAGUCUUCAGAAGCGGUUGGACCGUGCAGAGACAGAAUUGAUGGAGAAGCAUUCAUCUGAAGGGCUGAGACAGGAAAUUCUUGGCCUUCUUGGUCACAUCAAGCAGUUCAAAAAAAAGUCGGAUACCCUCCGAUCAGAGUACUCGACUCUCGAAAAAGAGAACUCUUCGAUGAGAAACUCGAUUCGAGAAAUCCAAUUUUUGAAAGACGCGAAAGUGGCCGAAUUGGACGAUCUCAUCCGUCAAGAACAAGAUCUUCGAGUCAACAUCUCAAAUCUCCAGCACCGAGCAAGAGGACUUUCUGAUGUGAAGGAACUUCAACAGAAAAUGGAAAGAUACCAAAAGAUGAUCAGGAUCUAUGAAGAUCAGUCCGAGAAGAUUUUGGUCCUCAACAAUGGACAUCUCUGUUGGAGAGGGAAACAAGGACAGCCCGGAAGUUCCGCUCAAACUCGUGCUGCCAAAAGACCGCGCCAGUCCAUCGAAAUGAACAACAGCCCUUCUCCAAGCAUGCCGAAUGGAACGAACAACAAUAAUGGUCUAGUUGUGCCUAGACAGGCUCCGAUGCCACCAGCUAUCUCAACGAUGAACUAUCAGAACAUCCCAGGACAAAUGACAAGCUAUCAGAACCUCCCAGGAAAGCUAAAUGGCCCUACUAUAAAAGCUGCUGCUCCACUGAUAAAGAUGCAUAUGGAAGGGAACUCAGGUGUUCCUACUAGGCUUAGUCAACCUCUGAUGCCAACAGCCGGCCAAACUGCUUCAGUGAUAAAUUAUCAGAACAUCCCAGGACAGCUAAAUGGUCCGACUAUACAAGUUGCUGCUCCACUGAUACAAGAAGUCAAAAAAGAGGGCGAAGGAAAUCAAGUGGAGUUAGGUGGGAAGCAAGGUCAAAUGCUAAAGGAUGAGACGCAGAAGCUUGAGCGAAAAACGGCCGACUCCUCAGAAGAGGAAGAUACUCAAAAGUUGAAGGAAUUCAUUGAAAAGGAAGUCCAGAAGCGAAUUAGUGUUCUGAGCUUCAACCAUGGAAGGGAGCUCAUACAACUGAACAUGGAAAGAACGACGCUUAUCGGACAGCUAGAUGAAUAUAAGGUGUUGAAGGAGAGAUUGGAGCAAGAGAGAGGCACGGGUGGUCUGAAACUUGAGAAUCAGAAUUUGCGAGAAGCGGUUGCAGCUUGGAUGAAGGCGUCGGAAGACCAAAAGCAGCAAAUUGAGCAAUUGAAGAAGGUGCUUCAACAACGAGAUUUUGAAAUGUCAAAAGAGAUCUCUCAAAACACGGAAAUUUGCCGAUUGAAUGAUGAGAAGAAGGCUGAAAUUGACGACGUCAAAAUGAAAAACACCCAGCUUGGCCAAAUGAAUAUCCAGCUAUACAACGAGGUCAAUCGCUUGAACCAUGUUGUCAAACAGCAGGCAGAAGAGAGAUUGAAGCAAGUGAUGGAUUUGGAGAAUGAGUCUAGGCUGGUUAAAGAGCAACAAGUGGCUCAAGCACGUGAGCAUUUGGAGAAGAUGGUUGGCAUGGAAAAGGAGAAUGAUGAGCUGAACAAGGCUAAAUCAGAGCAGGAUGCCAAGAUUCAACGUCUCGAGACUGUCAACAAGUCAUUGUUUGGCAAAUCUUCAGCUCUGGAUGCUAUAAGAGCUAAGCUUGAUGAAGAAGUCAGCAGGUUUACAAGCCAAGCAGCGGAUCAAGAAAAGAAGACGUUGGGACUUGAGAAAAGGAUUCAAGAGUUGGAGGAAGAAGCUGCUGAGCUGGUGCGUCAGCAAGAUGAUCAAAUUGACAACCUCAAAAAGAUGCAUCAAGAUAAAGUGAACAAGUUGUAUGAAGAAGCGGAGGAUUUGAAAAUAGAGAAUGAGGCAUUGAAAGAUGAUAACAAAGAAGAGGUAGCUAGAAUGAAAGAGGCUUUGAAACAGAAGGACAAGAGUUUAAAGGAUAUGAAAACUGAUAAUGAUGGGUUCAAAAAAGCUCUUGUCAAUCGAGACGCCAAGAUUCGACAUCUGGAAUUACAGCAUUCAGGUUUCAAGGACACUAUUGACGGACUUCUAACUGAUUUGUCAGUGUUGAAAGAGCAGAAAGAGAAGAUGGUCGAACAAGUAGAGAAGUUGAAAAAGGAUGGGAAGAACCAUGAAGAUAGAAUGGAUCAGUGGAAGAUCCAGGCAAGUCGAACGGAAAAAGAAGUGGCGAGUUUGAGAAAAGAGAAUGCGAAACUGAAAGAUGACAACAAGUCGACGACGUCACUUCAAGGCCAAAUUGACCUACUCCAGACAAAGUUGACGGCAAGUUAUGGGAAAAACGAAGCUAUUGAAGAUGACUAUCGACGUCAUCGCGAGAAACAAAUGCAAGAACUCAGAACUGCUGAUGCCAAAAUCGCUUGUCUUGAUAAGACUAUCAGUGAGCUUCGUGCAAAGAUGGCUUCCAAAAAUCAGGAUAGUGAGAUAACGGAGAACGCAAUGAAGUCACAAAUUCAGGAGCUCCAGAAGAGCCUGACAUUGAAUUUGCAAAACAUGAUUGACGCUAUUGGAAGCUCCACCACUUCAUCAGCUCCAGCCAAAUGCACUCCAUCUAAAACACCUCUGUCCGCAUGUUCAUCCCCGUCAGAUACAUUACCGACUUUGCCUGACUCCGGAACGCCCCGUGCUCCAUCCGGAUCUCAGAAUCCACGCAAACGACCGAAUGGUGACACUGAGAAACUUAAAGCGAAGAGCUCCAGAAACUUUCUAUCAGUGGCUAUCAGAGAUAUUAGUAUUCCAUGGCUUUUCUCCUCUGGAAACUUCUUCAGAAAGGAAAACCGUAUUUGCUUUUAUAGACGCCUAGCGAACUCAAGUCGUUGUCAAGCAAUGUCCAGCAGCCAAAGUCUUCAAAAUGAGCUCAAUGGAGUCGAAUCGGAGAAUGAUUCGAGUGCCACAAAGGUCAAGGAAUUGGAGAAGCAGUUGGUGGAGAGGGACGAGGAGAUUGCCAAUUUGAAAAGAGAAUUCAAGGAUCUUGAUGAUAGUUUCCUGGAGAGAUUGGAGAAAGGAGUCGAGGAAACCAAUUUUGAUUAUGGAAACAAGCUCAUCGAAAUGGAAACCAAGAAUAUGAAGCUGGAAAUCAUUGCCAAAAAAUAUGAGGAGUUGAAGAAAGAAGUAGCCGAUGAGAAGGAUCAAGCUCUGGCUUCCAAACCAGGAAACAAGGAUCAGGAAAAAUUAGUUUUCGUUCUUCAGAAGCUGGUCCACCAACUGGAAGCUUCCAAUCAAAGCUUGCGGAACGUCAUCGAUUCUUGCUACGAAGCAAUUUGCUCGGAAACGUUGAAGACAGGAAAAGUUGUAGAAGUUCAAAGAAAACAAGACAGGGAUCUUGAGGAGCAGCGGGAGACGAUCAAAAGCUAUGAGUUUAAGGCCACCGUUUUGAAGGAUCUGGAGUUUUGCGCGGCUCUCAGAGACGAAGAGGAAAGAAUGGAGCAGGAACUGACAGUCAGCGAUCAGGAAACAGAUCAAGCAGCCACCAGCAGCUCCAGAAAGCGGUCAAUCUGCAAGAACGUUGAGGAUGAGAAUCUUCUAGCUCUUCAUCGUCACCAUGUCUUCCUCCCACAACGACUAUUGCGAAAUAAUCUUCCACAAGAAAAAAGACACCACCACCAGUGUCCAACCCAAUGGAAACAUCCGGCACUACCAGAAUCUGGAGGAUCACCACGCGCAGAAAUCGAGGAAAGAGAUAAGCAAUACCUGGAAACGGAAACAAAUUUGCGGAGCUUCGUUGCGGAAUUGAACAGAGAGAACUCUGAACUGAAGAAAGAGAAUGCUGAAAUGAAGGAGAUCAUAAGAAAGGAAGAAGAAAAAUACCGUAAUCUCCGGAAGCAGCUGAAGAAAUGCCGAUCGGUAGUAGAAGUCAAUGAUGAGCUGCAUUCCGGACACAAAUCAGAGGAUUCUGGUCCCAGCCCCCAUCAAAGCUAUUUAUGCAAGUCAGCAGAAGAAUAUGAAAAAUGGGCUGCUUAUCUAGAUUGUGUCUCGAAGGAUAAGGGAGUCACGGAGAAGCCAAUGCUUGUGGACCAAAGGAGCACGGAUAAACCUAGUCCGUCUUCAUCUGCCUGUGAUCCUUCGGCAUCAUCACCUGCGGCUCGUCCUCCAUCCUCUUUAAGUCCUGUUUCCCCUAUCGCUAGUUUAACCAGUCCAUCGUCAUCCUUCCAUCCUCCACCAGCUCCGAAGAGCAAUGAUGCAUCUAGAAGCAGCGAGAAUCUGUAUCUACCUAGUUUGUCUUCUUCAAGCGAUCUACCACCACCAGUAGUUCUUCAAGUUUAUCUCCAGCUUCAAGUCUGA